AUGAGUAGCAGUGCAGUUCUCGCACUUGGCGAUCUGUUGAAUGAUUUUGAAGUAAAGCAGCGAGGAGUGAUGUUAAUGGCUGUGGAUAAAGCGAUGGUUAAGGUGAUGAAGAAACAGAGCGAAAUGCUUGAUGUCAUCAAAUCUCACGUGGAAACACGUCAUCGCGUUGCCAUGGACGACUCUCGCGACAAAGCGAUAUGUACGCAACCGUCAUUAUUGGAAAGUAUUAUUGACAAGACACUGAGUAAUGCGGGACUCGUCUGUUGGAUUAUCAACGAACUCAAGCAGAAUCAAGCACUCGAGUAUAUCAAUAAACUACGCAGUCAUCUCGAAUCAGGCCAACGUAAUGCCUUUCGAAAUGAUUUUGAGGGAUUACUUGAUGUGUAUAUGGAUGUUCUUAGUAUAACAAAGACACGUGGCUCGCGACUAAUUAAUCGUAUAGAAGACUUAUAUGAAGCGUUAUACCUAAAGGCGGAAUAUGAUGCCGACCUGGUUAAUCUCGUAUAUCGUGUACGUUGGGGCUGUCGUGGCGUGAAUUUAAUCAGUAAUACGCGUCAACAUCAUGCUUCGCUGCUUUCAGAAAAUGAAGUUCUUGAGCUUUGCGGUUGUUUUAGUGCGAUUGGUGAAGCAAUGUCGACACUUGCGCUUGAAUUUAACGCCUGCAAGUCCAAAGACUCGCCAACUUCGUCGCCAGUUUCGACUGAUAGUGGGAACAGUAUGAAUGGUAAUAUUGAACUUGAACUUGCCAUGCUCCCGCAACAUCGACAAGCGGCAAAUGUUGAUACCAACGACUUGGAUUCACCAUUUGACUUUGUUACCCAAUUAAUGGCUAACAACGGGAUCAAUGCCAAUUCCAUCAUGCAAUCUCCGACAUAUUUUCAAGGCGAUCAAAGUAUUCAUCAAAAGUCUUCACAUAAUUUUUUGCCUGGAUUUAGCAAUACCACGUUUGGUGAUCUAUCUUCAAGUCAAGUAUUAUCUACGAGUUUAGGAAAUAUUUCGGCUCAAACAUCAUCGUUAGCGACCGAAACGCCGGAUUUAUCGGGCUUGGAUUUGACCGAUCUAAUUGGUCUGAAUGGCGGCUCAAAGCUGUCGCCUUCUUUAUCACGGUUAGGCUCAAUCGGCAGCACUGCGAGCAACUCAAGCCGGGAGACUCCUCCACUACCUCAAGGAUAUAAUGACACUUACGGGUCUGUUUGGUCGCAACCGCCACUUCCAAAAAGUACCAAUAGUCCUCAAAAUUCACAACCGCCGCUGCCUCCCAGAGCAAAUAAUCUGUUGCAUCAAUCAUCGUAUAGCUUGUCGCAGCCGUCACUACCAUCAAAUGCUGAAUCGACCCAUACAAGAUCGGCGCAGACAUCUACAACUUUUACAAUGAAACAAUUGGAUGUACCGACCCAGGCUAUUCAGGCUCUUGUAUCAAAAUUUAGCUUUUAUCACGAUCGUCCAACUGAAUUAUCCAAGGAAAACGAUCGCGUUCGUAAAGCCAUGUUUGCACGAAUGUUAAAUCAUAUAAAUGAGCUACCAAAGGCAACAUUGUGUCCGUUGCUACCAGGACACGAUUCAACUUGUCCACUUUCGCACACGUAUAUGGAAGUCAUGUCAUACAAUCCGCUGUACAAGCGCCUAGUCUGUCGCCAGCCAUCGCACUAUUGGGGCAGUCAGCUUGAGGAAGAUGAUAGUUGUGUAUGCUUGCACAUUGAUACUGGACUAACUUGGGAUUGGAUGGAUGACGCAAAGCGUCUUUACUGUCUUCGUGGAGCCAAAUGUACAAACCUUAAGUGUUACAAGUCACACUCUUUUGAAGAAAUGUGCUGGUACAACCCGUCGUACAAGAUCAAGCGUUGCAGUGUACGUACACAUGAUCAUAUCGCUCGAGCUCGUGGUACUAUCGAACCGCCUCUGGAUUGUAAUUACUAUCAUAUUGAAGAAGGCAAGAAUUGUGACAAGCGUGACUUUACGGCUGAGUCCGACCACGUUGGAGUGAAUGUUCAGAUGCUGUUUACUGAGCGCACGCACAAGCCUCUUGCGGACCGACUUGAGGCUAUUCGCUAUCAGCGUGCCAAUAAUUUUGUUGACUUUCCUAACGAUUUGCAAGCUCCUUUGGUUUACACUUCAACAAUGAAUUUCCAGCUUCUUCUGCGAGAAGGAUGUAAAAUUUCGACGUCAAAAAUGAGCUCACUGCGGUCCACGACUGUCUGCAAGAUAUUGAGUGGCGUGUCGCGACAACCACAGCUGAAUCUGAGCCCGAAACGUUACUCCGCGUCAUGGACAACAGACAUGUUAAGAAAGUCAAAGAGUUCCAUGAUGGAGUCGCCAUUGACGUGGUGGCUGUUUGGAUCGGCGGGAUUAGUAGCGACCACACUAACCGUUGGUGCCGCAGCACGUCUCACUCGGUCUGGAGCGUCAAUGCUGUAUUGGAAACCAAGGUUUAUGAUCUCGCCCCAAACUGAAAGCGAAUGGCAUGACGAGUUCAAUAUUUAUCGGGACUUUUGUGCUCGAUUUCAGCGAACUCCAAUGACAAUUGAGGACUUUAAGCAAAACUAUAAGUGGGAAUCAGCUCACCGCAAGCUCGGUCAAAUGACAGCUUUCGCAUUUAUGGGUCCGUUGACGUAUUUUGCGGCAAAGCGCAAAAUUCCGGUUCCGGCUCAAGCUCCUCUGGCUUUUAUAACCGGACUGGGAGCAAUUCAAUUUUACCUUGGUCGAGGAAUGGUUGAGAAGAAUGUAAGGUCAACCGGAACUGAAACGCAUGACACUUUUGAGGGUGCCAACUUCUUCCUUCCAAUCCACUCAGCGUUGUCGCUUGCAAACUUUUCCCUAUUAAUCUGGACAGGUCUUGGAAUCGUUUCGCCAGUAUCAAGGGCAAUUUCUGUGCGUGGGUUAAUGACACCAGGUGUGCUCAAGGAAUUGGGGCAAAUCCGUCAACACUUUAUGGCGGUGACUGGACUGGCUGCUGGAACAAUCGUUGCAGGCUCGCUCGUAGCAGAAAUUGACGGAGGUCAAAAGUUUCAAUCGUUUCCUACGAUGGAAGGGCAAUGGAUUCCACACGGUAUAUUUGAGCAACAGCCAUUUCUGCGUAACUUUCACGACAAUGUAGCGCUUGUGCAGUUCGAUCAUCGUCUGUUGGCGCUGAGCACUCUCGCCGCGUACACAGUGAUGUUUCUAAAGGCCCGCAAGCCUAACAUCUGGACGAAUCUGCCAGAGGAUGCAAAGCAUGCCAUUAUACUGGCUACAGCAGCUGUUGGAGGCCAGGUGAUGAUGGGUGCAACGAUGUUGGUGAAUCAGGUACCGAUGCCACUAGCGAUGGUACACCAGAGUGGAGCGGCACUCGUACUUGGAUCGUCACUAUGGGUUAUACAUUCGCUGCGCUUUGCUCGCCCUGGCGGUCUCAUAGGAGCUGCUGUUGCGACCGCUGCUACCAAAAUGAUGUGA